AUGCACAUAAAUUCCACAAAAUAGGUACCGUAGUCGCUACAGAAACCCUAUUAUAUUUCGAUUGUGUUUUUGUGUGAAUUUAACACAGAUUAACAUAGCUGUAUCUGCUACGUAGUUUCGAUGAAAAAUCUUCCAAUGAACUCUUAAAAUGUCGCAAAGAUUUUCUAAGUGUCUAUUAUACAGAUCUUACAAGGAUUGUGAUAAUACCAUAAUAUUCAUUUAAAAUUGAUUAAUACCACCCCUGGCUACAAGCCUGGUCUCAUGUUGCCUGUUUAUGAAGUCGAUUGCAUAUUUAGGUAUGCAUUUUGAUAAGUCAUCGUCACACCAUAUUUACAUAUCCAUUUACAGAAUGGCAGUGUAAUCGGCGCAGUGUUCGCUUUUUCACAUUCUGUUUAUUAAGGUACUCGUAAAACUAAAUUAUCAUGUCUGUAAUUUUAAAGGGAGCAUUUAGAUUAUAUUAUUACCUCAAUGAAGAAAUAGCUGAUAAAAGGACACAAGAUUGGUUUCUCAUGGGAAACCCAUGGCCUGGAUUGAUUAUUAUAGGAAUAUAUUUAAUGACAAUAUUUAAAUGGUUACCGGAAUAUAUGAAGAAACGUCCUGCUUACGAUCUGCACAUUAUUUUAGCUAUUUACAAUAUAAUUCAAAUAAUUAGUUGUAUGUACAUCGUUUAUCAAAGUCUUAUGCUGGGAUGGCUCAACCACUACAAGCUUGUUUGCCAGCCGGUCGACCACGGACCGAAUAGUGUUGACUACGCAUGGAAUGUCUGUUACCUCUAUUUUGUUAAUAAAAUGACGGAUCUACUUGAUACGGUAUUUUUUAUAUUGAGGAAAAAACAAAAUCAAGUAACGUUCUUACAUGUAUAUCAUCAUUUUGGAAUGGUAAUGGUGGCUUGGGGUAUGGUUAAAUGGGUACCAGGUGGACACGUAACUAUGUUAGUACCACUGAAUUCUUUUGUACAUAUAGUAAUGUAUUCAUAUUACCUACUCACAACAUGGGACGAAAAAUACAAACGAUCUCUAUGGUGGAAGAAACACGUAACACAGAUACAAAUUAUUCAAUUUCUGCUAUUGCUGAUACAUUUCGUGCUAGUAGUAACGAUCCCGGACUGCGCCGUCCCACGUCAACCUGCCUAUAUACUGAUACCACAAAAUCUCUUCAUGGUGAUACUGUUCGUUGAUUUCUACUACCGCUCCUACAUCAAAACUAUGAAAAAUGCGUGAUUUUAUAUGUAAUAUGACAUAGUACCAACAAUCAACCAUGCCACUGAUCACGAUAUUAAAACAAAAUGCAAAAA